GCAGAAGAAGAAAAACAUCUCACGCCACGCCUGCUCCAGCACCUCGCUCUCCGCUCCGUUGGCCCCAUGGAGUCCGUCGCGUCCGCCGCGAUCGCCACCACCUCCCGCUCUCUCCCGCUCCCCUUCUCUUCUGCCCCGGUCCACCGCCGGCGCCGUGCCGCCUUCCUCCCCGUUGCCGCCUCCAAGCGUCACGACGACGACAAGGAGGCCGCGAAAGGGUCCAGCUCGGAACCACGGCGCGAGCCUACCAGCCUCGCGCCGUACGGACUCUCCAUCUCGCCACUCUCCAAGGACGCGGCCAUGGGGCUGGUGGUGAGCGCUGCCACGGGGAGCGGCUGGACGACGGGAUCGGGGAUGGAGGGCCCGCCGACGGCGAGCAAAGCCGGUGGGGCUGGCAGGCCGGAGGUGUCGACGCUGCCUUGGUCCCUCUUCACGAAAUCACCGCGGCGGCGCAUGCGGGUGGCCUUCACCUGCAACGUGUGCGGGCAGCGUACGACCAGGGCCAUCAAUCCUCAUGCCUACACCGAUGGAACUGUGUUUGUUCAGUGCUGCGGUUGCAACGUGUUCCAUAAGUUGGUCGACAACCUGAACCUGUUUCAUGAGAUGAAGUGCUAUGUUGGCCCAGAUUUCCGCUACGAAGGGGAUGCUCCAUUCAACUACCUUGACAGAAACGAGGAUGGCGACAGUAUCUUCCCUCGCUAAAGCCUCCCUUAUGUUGCAGACUUGCAGUACCCAAAAACAAAUGAUCGGUCCUGUUCUAAUUUGUUCGUGUAGCUGUACUUAAUAAGCAGAUGUACCUUCAUGAACCUGUAAGACUAGUUUAUCAUACGCAUAGAUGACCAGUCACUAGAAUCUACACUGGAGUUGUAAUGUCGGUGACCAGUUAGUGUAAUUUUCAAUUGCCUGUCAACUUUUGGGCAUAUAAUAAAAAAUAUGACCUGCAUUUCGUCAUUUGUUUC